AUGUCAGAAGCAACUAUUGUUGAAUUAUUAAAAAGAUUAGAUCAAGCAACUACUCGUUUAGAAGCAGUUGAAAAAUCAAUUGCAUCAGGUGUUGCAUCAUCAUCAUCAUCAUCAUCACCAUCAAGUGGUGCAGCUGGUCCAUCAUCAGCAUCAGUUAAGGAAUUCCAAAAUUUAGUUGAUCAACAUAUUACACCAUUUGUUGCUCUUUCAAAGAAAUUAGCACCAGAAGUUGGUAAUCAAGUUGAACAAUUAGUUAAAGCCAUCGAUGCUGAAAAGGCCUUAAUCAACACUGCAUCACAAAGUAAAAAACCAUCUCAAGAAACUUUAUUAGAAUUAAUUAAACCAUUAAAUAACUUUGCCGCUGAAGUUGGUAAAAUUAGAGAUAGCAACCGUUCCUCAAAAUUCUUUAACAAUCUCUCUGCUAUCAGUGAAUCAAUUGGUUUCCUUAGUUGGGUUGUAGUUGAACCAACUCCAGGUCCACAUGUUGCAGAAAUGAGAGGUUCAGCUGAAUUCUACACUAAUCGUAUCUUAAAAGAAUUCAAAGGUGUUAAUCAAGAUCAAGUUGAUUGGGUUUCAAACUAUGUAAACUUCCUUAAAGAUCUCGAAAAAUAUAUUAAACAAUAUCAUACCACCGGUUUAACUUGGAAUCCAAAAGGUGGAGAUGCUAAAUCUGCUACACCAGCACCAGCUUCAUCAGCACCAGCCGCCCCAGUUGCACCAGCUGUUUCAUCCACUCCAGUUGAAUCAAAGAAAGGUCCAGGUUUAGGUGCAGUUUUCGGUGAACUUAGCAAAGGUGAUGGUGUUACCAGUGGUUUAAAAAAAGUUACCAACGAUAUGAAAUCCAAAAAUUUCACCGACAAAUCAUCAGUUGUUAAAGCUGCUGAUACUAAAGUCGCCAAAGUUGAUGCUCCAUCUAGACCAGCCGUUUUUGCUCUCCAAGGUAACAAAUGGUCCAUUGAAUAUCAAGUUAACAACAAAGAAAUUGUCAUUGCCGAGCCAGAUAGUCGUCAAACUGUUUACAUUUUCCAAUGUGUAAACUCUUUAGUUCAAAUCAAAGGUAAAGUUAAUGCAAUUACUCUUGAUGGUUGUAAAAAGACUUCAAUCGUUUUCGAAAAUGCCAUUUCCUCUUGUGAAGUUGUCAAUUGUAAUGGUGUUGAAAUCCAAGUCACUGGUCGUGUACCAUCAAUUGCUAUCGAUAAGACAAGUGGUUGUCAAAUUUAUCUCUCUAAAGAUUCUUUAGAAACUGAAAUCGUCUCUUCAAAAUCAUCUGAAAUGAAUGUUUUAAUUCCAGGUGCAACUGAAAAUGAUGAUUUAGUUGAAUUAGCUAUUCCAGAACAAUAUAAAACUUCUGUUAAAGGUAAUAAAUUACAUACUGAAUCAACUUCACAUAUUUAA